UUUGUUUUGUACAGAAGAAUGGCUGCCAUCUUUAGUUUUCGAUGGAUGUUUUCCGAAGAGAUCGCGAAUUCUUGUAUUUAUUGCGGUAUUUAAUAACGUAAUAAAAUUUAGGACAGUGAAAUAACGUUGUUCGCGAUGUAAAGAGUGUUUUCUCCUUGAUUAUUUAAGCUGCCCUGGUGUUAGUUCCAUUAAAAAAUGCUUGUGUUUACAUCCAAGUUUCAAGUGAGCUUCUGUAUUCCUGUCAUAUUAAGCCUAUGGUCAACAAUCCUCAAAUAGCAGAAUCGAAAAGUACAUUGUACCGUAAGGUCGUUGAAAAGAGAUAGCCCUCCGAUCUGCAUUCCUUCCAGUUUUCGUUGAACGUCAUCGAAAGGCCUUCAAAACGUCGACCCCAUCGGUGAUCAAGUUAUCCGGGGGUGGCACAAGUGGGAGUGGGGAGCAACUAUCCCCAGAACACGGGCCACAUCCCCCGGUAUCUCCGACGAGUGAACAACGUAACGAAUUCAAUGAAAAUGAUGAUAAUAGAAAGAAAGACGUCGAUGCCUUUGAGCGGGGUACAGAAGCCACCAUGAGUUUUGUUUUACAAUUGGGUACGGUUGAAACGUCAGCCGAGAAAACUAAAAACGGCAGCGCUUCGUCGUCAAUGCUAAUCGGUGCUCAAGAACUGACCGCACCAUUAACGAUCGGCGUUACCACGGCCAAUACCUUAGUCGCGAUGAGCGACGACAAUAGCGAUAGUAACAAUCCCCAAGUACUCCAGUGUCUCGAAGUGACGAACGUACCCGAGAUAGCAGUAAGCCAUUCCAUAUCGCUCUCCAAUGUAAAAUCAGUCAGCGUUUCUUAUCCGGUUACGAAAUCUAGUAAAGAAAUAGCACAGAGGAUUACGAGUUCUCAAACGAAUACCACGCAAGUUUUGACAACUCGCGUGAUAUCUCAAAAAUUGCCGAGCACCGCUUAUCAAACGCAGCCCUUAACGUUAAAUGCUUCCUCAAACGUCACUCAUUUACCAGUUAACUCGCAAUCUUUACCCUCGCCAAGCAGUAGUGUCGCACAUGUCUAUCCUUUGCAGGCAGCUACAUGUUCCCAGAACAGCCAACAAGCUAAAACUCAAAGCUCCGUAACCGAUGCGAUUUCGAAGAAACACCAACAAGCAACGACGGUUGCGAGUUUGCAGGCGACGAGCAUGCAUCCAAAAUUUCAGCAGAUCUCGCCCCAACAAAUUCUUAAUACUGCCACCGUAAAAACGAUUACCACGGCUACGAACAUCCCCAAUAUACAAAGGAUACAGGUGAAGACGCAAAGUAUCAGUGGGCAGCCCCAAACGGUCAACUUGCAGAAGGUCAAAGCGGUAGCGAACCUCAGUAAUCCUACUGUGGUGCAGCGUAAUUCGGUAUCGAGGAUACAAACCAUUCAAAAGUCACAAAUACUUACCUCUGCGACACAAGGGACGCAAUUUACGGUUAACCAAAUCGUUAACAAUGCGAACGUGCAACGGAUUCAGACUGGCGUUUCAACGGCAUCCCAAAAAGCCCAAUCCAUUAAUUCCACGAAUUCCCAAAAAAUGUCGCAGGUCUAUAACAACCAAAAGACAGGGCAGCAAUUGGUAACUAACCAUCCGAAUCACAAAGCACAGCAUCAACAAUAUCAGAAUAAUCAGCAGGUACAGCCAACAUUACAAAAGGUGCAGGGACAGCAACAAAAGUCAUUGCCUGUUCAGAGGCAACAGAAUAAUGUUCAAAAGUCUAACAAUUCCGUAGGUGGCAUACAGAAGGCACAAAUUAUUGGCCAGGUGCAAAGUCAACAACAGUCGCCACAGUUGCAGAAACAAGUACAACAAUCUCAACCGUCGCAACAUCAAAGAUCGCAAUCUGCUAUUGCGUUGCACAAAUCACAAACUUUGACGGCUAUCGCUUCGAAUCGGGUGCAGACCAUAGCGAACGUAUGUAAGAGUAAUAGCGUACCUAAUAUCUCGAAAGUCCAACACAAUUCGAAUGCUCUUAUCGUGAGUAAACAGCAGGGGGUAUCGCAAUCGCAACAAACCCAUGUACAAACGUCGCAACCGCAAUUGUUACAAACGUCUCAGCAACAAGUUGCACAAAAACAUCAAACGGUUAAUUCAGCAGCGCAUGCUCAAAGAAAUCAUAACAUUGCAAAUAUACAUCAGAAGGUUUCUGCUAUAGCCACGAUACCGAGUAAUCAAAAAACUCAAACUAUAGUAAGUUCAAAGAUACAGCAGCAGCAGCAGCAGCAGCAGCAGCAACAGCAGCAGCAGCAGCAGCAACAGCAACAAAUGGUUAUGAGAGUAGGUGUAUCAAAGAAUCAAGCGCAGAACUUGCAGCAAGGAAAUUUAAAAGCUAUUCCACAAAAGAUCACAAAUACCAUAAAGUCUGCUAAUUCUCAAAAUUCUAUUCAACAAUCCUUACACAGAAAUAAUAAUUCUCAACCGGUUAAGAUCAUACAACAGCAACAAAACGUAAUUGGCCCGCAGAAUGCACAGAAACAACCUGGUUGUAUUAAGACUAUUCCACCUCAAAAGCCAGCUCAAAGAAAUCAUGCACAGAAAGUAUCGGGAGUGAAAACAUCGUUAAACACGAAUGUUGCUACGAUGAAAAAUCAAGGAUUGAUGACAUCGGUAUCACCGAAAACGAGCAUAAAAACGUUACUUCCCCAACAGACGGUUAUGCCAAAUAUGUUAGUGCAUAAAAAUUCUCCUAUUAAAGUUCAACAACAAGCUAUACAGCAAAAGCAGCUUAUCAUGGCGUCGCAAUAUUCGCAGCAAGGUAGAACGCAAACGGGGCAAAUAAAAACUCUCCUCUCUACCACGAAUGCAGACGUGCAUAAAGAUUUAGAGAACAAAAUGGAGUCCGAUUCGCGUGUUUCUAAGGAAGAAGAAUUGCAACAAACACCGCCAAAAUCCCCGGUGAGAAGGAUGCCGUUGCCUUACGAGUGUCUCCAGUUCGUUCUUCAAGACCAUAACUACGGUGCACCGCCACCGCGAACACCACCACCUCCUUCGCCACCUCCUCAUCCUAAACAACAGCCCAUUAACGGAGCUGGAAGUUCUACCACAACUUCUCAACAUUCAUAUAUAUACGGACAAGUUGUAAAUAAUAGCGGUAAUGUGGAGGAUGAUGCAGCCAGUGCGAUCAGUAGUGAACCUGGACGUGAAGUAGAGCCCGAAGGUGAAGAAACGGAAACUGCACCUGAAGGUGAAGGUGAUGACGAGGAUAGUGUUACUAGAUGUAUAUGUGAUUUUGAACACGACGAUGGUUACAUGAUCUGCUGCGAUCGUUGUCUAGUUUGGCAGCACGUGGACUGUAUGGGUAUAGAUCGUUCUAACAUUCCUGACGAAUAUCUUUGCGAAAUUUGUCGGCCACGACGUGUUGAUAGACAAAGGGCACGUGCUUUGCAAAUGCGCAAACGCGAAGAGCUACUCAAUUCGGAUAGUUCUUCCGACACGUCGUCUACGAGUUCGGUAGACACUGAUAUCGGUGUUAAUGCAACGCAAAAGAAGCGAACGUUGCAUCAACAAGUUCCAAGACGAAAAUCAGAUCCUCCACCGCAAGUAAGAAGACUGAAUAACAACAACAAUAACAAUAAUAACAAUGUGGCGAAAAGACAACGGAGAGACUCUAAUCCAAGACAGUCGAGUGCGGUAAGAAAGAAAGAGGCUGCUAAACGAGGUCCUGGAAAGCGUAAAGCUAAACGAAGAAUGAGCGUGGAUGAAAAGGAAGAAGAAGUUCAAGAUGCAUGGGGUUCCAAUAUGACUCCGCUUAGACAAUGGAUCGAAAGAUACGAAGAAGCAGUAACCAAUCACUAUAGUCCUGAAUUAAGAGCUAGAAUAUCGAGCAUAAAGGUCAAUGGUACUCAUAGUGAUUUGAGACAAAGUAAUAUGAGUGUUAUCGCCACUGGUAAAUGCAGACUCAAUGUGCAUAGCAAUAACUUGAGAUUUUUGGUGGCAACUAUGUAUCUACCGUCAAAUACUCCGGUUGUUGAAUUACGUGGAAAAUAUAUGCUCAGUACGCAACAUAGACCGUCGCAUCCUCAGGGUAGACAGCAUGCUCAAAGACCAGGGCCUUUUGUAUUCUUUUAUCGAUUACCACGAGAUGGUACCGAAGUAUGCGUAGACACUAGAACAUAUGGAAACGAUGCCAGAUUCGUACGGCGUAGCUGUAAACCUAACGCAGAAAUAAAACACUGUAUAGAAAAAGGAACAUUGCAUUUGUAUAUUGUCACGAGUAUGGCAAUCGAAAAGAAUGCUGAGAUAACUAUUAGGCAUGAGACACACGAUUUGUUAUUGUCGCCUAAUCCUAAUUCCCCAGUGAUACCGGUGACUUGUGCAUGUAACAAUGCAAGAGAAUGCCAGUUUACAGCUACAAAUCAAUUAAAUAGAAGAGGUAGUAACGGAGCUCUCGUAGAAAAUGCUGACGGCCGAGAAAGGAGGCGACGAGGUAGACGAAACACAGUUUGUGAAGAUAUCGAUUCAGUGUCCACAGUUUCCAGUACAAAUGUAACACCAUCGACGCAAGUGCCAACGGCAGUACCCGUAACAGCACCGCCUAGAAAAACUAUAGCAACUAGCACCACGACCGUAGCACGUCAGCUACCAAAAGAAGAAACUACGAUAACGACGCAACAACCACAAACAUCUCCUGCUUUACCGCAGCCUACUGUACAAGAGAUCAAAAAGGAUAAAAAGAAAAUGACAAGAGAGGAAAGAAAAAUGGAGGCUAUUAUGAAAGCUUUCGAGAGACUCGAGAAAGCGGAACAAAGAAAGCAGGAAGUUCAAGCUAGAAAUGCACAAAGAAAGGAGUCGGGUGGUACGCAUAGCGACAACGAGGACAGUCAUAAUUCUGCGAUUUUACAAUCCAAGACCAAACAGCAAAAUUCCGAAAGGACGCUACGACGGAAGAGAAGGAAGGGUCGUGCAAGAACUACAUCGCAAUCGCAAAGCAGUAGGAGGUCAAGGUUAAAUUCUGCGGAUUCCGAUGUAUCGUCGGGCGACGAGAGUAAUUCUAUGCAAUCGCCUCCGCUUGUUAAUCAAAAUCGUUCGGCGAGCGGAGAUGCUCCGUACUCGGCACACUUACAUACACCAGCAAAAAAUGAAAGCGAUGGCCCUACUACUGGUACGUCAGGACAUCAGGGGAUACCAACGGCAGCCGGCUUGUUGUUAGCGUUAGCUAAUUCGAAUACACCUGGCCCAAGCUCUCCGCCUUUACAGCAGCCAACACCAGUUAAAAGUCCUACGUGUGACAGCGGUGCCAGCAGUAGUUCUCAAAGCUCAACUCCGUCCACACCGCUAUCUUCGGCAUGCUUGCUUGUUGCAGCAGCGGUUGGACCCUUGGCUCCUGGUUUUAAAUUCCCCAAAACUAAGAAAGUUCUGAUGAACGAAUGGCUGAAGGAGUCGCCAGACCCACCUCAAACUAAUAUACCUCAAGUGUCACCGUUGCCUGCUUUGUCAUCUACAUCUUUACAAAACUCUGUCAAUCCUCUCUGUAGGUCAUCAGAGUUUUCGUUACCCAACGAUCCAUCUGCAGAGUUUUUAACUCAAAGUUACGCGGCCAAAAGUCUAGCCACACUCGUCCAAGCCGCUAAUUCCGUUUCCGGUAUAUGCGAUUCGCCGCCACAACGAAAACAAGUGGUCACAGGAAACAAUGCUUGUCCUGUUUCAACUGGAUCGGCGAAAAAGAGAUGGUUGAGGCAAGCGAUAUCCGAGGAAUGUGAUUCGCCAAACAGUCGGCCCGACAGUCCUCCGCCUAGCGAAAUGGUGGCACCACCUAAAAAAAGAAGAAUAGCUAGGGAAAGUUUAUCUUCUGAUAAUUAUACGCCACCCACGACGCCAACGAUGCUGCUUCCCGAAGUUACUUCGACUAACAGAUCUUUAUGCAAUAACGAAGAUGACUUUAUCGAACACCCUCAAUCGCCAACGAUGGAACAUAAUGAGGAGCAACACGAUGAGUCCGAAUCUGUACGAGAAACGAGUGUACAAAACGAUUUAGAAACUUCAGAAAAAACAUGUAAUCACGCCAAACUUUCAAUUGAUAUUCCUCAUUCGGAAAUAAACAUAAAAUGUGAGAAAAACGACGAAUUUACAGAGUUUGUUAAAAUAGAAGAAACGGCGUUGCCAAAACAGGAAAUGGUUUCGAUAAAGGAAGAAUCUGCCAUAAGUAGCGAGGACUCUAAAAUGGAUUCUAAGGUUGAAUUUAAUUCAUCUUCGGAAUUUAUUAAAAAUGAAAACAAAAUUACGAAACGCGAGGCGCACGAUCUCCAAGUGAACAAUACACAAAUAAAAAAAGAAGAUACCAUCAAGGAGGAAAUAAUUGAAAAGGGAACCGUAGAAAUAAUCGAUCAAAACGAACCGGACACCGAAAUGGAAGAUUUUAGUUCCCCCAUUGCUGCUAUGGAAUCCGAUGCUAUUCUAAAGCAGCGCGUGGCUGAAAUGAGAUUAGAAUUUGGUGGAAGUAUAGCAGAGAUCGUUAAUGUUUCCAGUGAACACGAAAAAUCUGACGAGGAUAAACGGAUAGAGAAUAAUAAAGAUUCGGAAAUAAGAUCCGAGGAUAACAUGUCGAUCGACGAAUUCGACGUAGAAGCACAAAUGAAGAGAAUAACGGGAGACGAUGGUAAUGAUUACAAAGAAAAAGUUGACACCAGCUCGGAGAAAGAUAAAAGUAUGGAUGGCAUAGAAGGACUUAUGGAAAGCUCGAAGGAAGAUUCCGAAUCAGAAGAUAGAGACAUAGACGAUACCAAAUAUAGCGAAUCUUCCUUUAAAUUGUUCGGUAUAUCUAACGAGGAGAAUUUUAAAGAAUUCGAAAGAAAGUCCGAAUUAACAAACCUUAGCGAGGAUGAAGUUAAAGCCAUUGAGAAACCUAUUAAUAAUGAAUCUCAAAAAAUAGAUCAAACGUCUUCUUUUGUUAUUUCAUCGGAAGAAUCUAUUUUUGAGUCGACUUCCUCCAAUAUGGAUACAGAAUCUGUUCUUGAUCCUCCAAAAAUUUUUCACUCGAUACCACCGUUGAGUGAACGAAUUAGAAAAAAAAUUGAUCCAUCUAGUACUACUAAAACGCAAUUAAAUUUUGAAGCAGCUAUUAUUGAAUCUACUAUCGAUAUGGAAGCAGAAGAAGUUUGUAAAAAUGGAGAAGAGAAAUCGAUGUUAUCGACGGCUUUACGAGAAUUGUUGGAAGCUAAACUCGAGGAAGAAUCACCUGAAGAGUCCAAAACUAAAGCCAAUAAUGAAGACGCCACGUCCUACAAAGAAAUAAUAUCGCUUUCGCCUGAAAAUACAGGGGAGGCUAAAGACCCAAUCACUAAAUCCAAUAAUCAAGAAACUCAUUUGUGUGACGUUUCUGUGAAACAAGAUGACAUUCAACCUAAAGAAAUUAAAAGAUUAAAAGAUCCUAGAACAGUUGUACCAAAUAAUAUGCCAGCACCUUCUACCUAUAUGUCGGACAUUCUUCCACCAGUCAAGCGCAAGCUAUCGAUAUCAGAAUAUCGCAAACGCAAACAACAAUCGGUUGGUACACCUCCAGAACCAGAGCCAUCUAAUGACGUAUCUACAACAGAAAAGGAUAAAGCAAGAGGUAGAUCAGAUAGUGCAAGCAGUGGGACUUCCUCUCUAAGUUCUGACGAAGAAGGUUCUAAAAUGUCACUUUCCCUUGAUUUACCAGGGAUUACUGCAUUACCACUUUUCACUAAUGCUGAAAAUGAUGAAAAGAAAGGUAGUGAAGAAGGUACCAUUGGUUGGUCCGCGGCACCAACAUUAGUUGAACGUCAAAGAGAAAAUUUAACUGAAAGAUUGAAGCGCGAAUUUGGCUUAUUUCUCAGUGACGACGAAGAGGAAAGAGCUCGCAAACAUGGUUUGACUGCAGAAGCAAUUUUAAAAGCUCGUAAGACGUCACCAUCACAUUCUUCUAUCCCCACUACAUCCCCUACUUAUCCUUUACCACAGUUACCACCUCAACCAUAUAUACCACCGCCUGGCUCUGCAGCUAUACAUUAUCCUCAAUACCAGGCUAAUAAAUCCUGUCCUGUUCAGUAUUCCAAUUUCAGUGCACCACAAACGACAUCACAAACGGUAUAUCCAAAUAUAGCCGCUCAAGGAACCGUCAACAAACAGGUACAAUUUUUAGUACCUCAAGCAGCAUCUCAAGCGCCACCAGGUUCAAAUCCAUAUCCUCCGCAAUUUAUUCCAUCGACUACGACGACAGUGCCAAUUUCCAAAUUUUCUUCUGCAACGUCAACGUCUGGAACUCCUCAAGUAUUUUCAACUUCAGGUCAGACGCAGAAGCCUUUUUUUAACCAUCCUGCACCAAGGUCGUAACCGGUAUUGAUAGUAGUACUUUUCCAAAUUUUUAGUUAAAGUACAAUGAUAAAUAAUUAUCAGCCAUUCUCGCGCGCUCUCUCUCUCUCUCUCUCUCUCUCUCUCUCUCUCUCGAUAUAUGGCGAACAGUGAUGUAUGUAUGACAAAUUUUCAGCUAUUACAAGGUAAUAUAAACAUCACAAUUGGAAUAUACUCUUAAAAGUCACAAUUUCUUCUGAUAAUUUAUUUUAUAUGAUUUGUAUUUGUGAGUGUGUGUACAUAUAUAUAUAUAUAUACAUAUACAUAUAUAUAUAUAUAUGUACACGCAUAUUUAUUAGCAUAAUUCAUUAUACAAAUCACACUGUAUUAUACGUAGAAAUUGAAGGAAAGGAAAAAAACACAUAUGUAGGAUGUGUGAACAUCUGAAGUUAAGAAAUAUGAGACUUGUUAAUGUAGGUACUACUAUACGCUUCUAGAAUUUUCAUGCGCAGAAAUAUACUGAGACGUAAUUCGAUGGUUUUCAAAAUAUUCAACAGGUUUCUGUGGCCUAUGGCAAUAGUUAAGUAUUUUGGAGACAUAGUCAUAUGCAUUUUAGGUAGUAUACGUUGAAACCUGUUGAUACAAAUAUAUUAGCAUCUCUUACAGGUAAUAGAAAAAAAAGUGUAUUCCAAUGUAUGCACUUUUUAUACCACUAAAAUGGUGCCGUAAAGUGUUUAUACAUAGCAUUAAUCCAAUUUUGAUAAUAUUAACAAAGUUGGAAUCUUUUAAACGGAUGAUCAAUCAGAAAAAUAUUGAUCUGAAUCUUUAAGAACAGUUAUCAUCGUCAUAUAUAUAACGUGCACCUAUGAGUCUGCAUUAUUCAAUUUAUCUGUAUAUAUUACUUGCAUAUAUGCAUAAUAUUAUAAUAAUAUGAAUCUUUAUUUAAUCGUAAUUGUUAGAUUAACGCAUAGACUUCUAUAACAUGUAAUUAAGACAUUGUGCUGUGUUGUGCUGUUUCAAAAAACAGUACUCUCUGUGUCCAGAAUUCUCUAUAUUUUAUAUUUCAUUGUAAAAUUCCGGAUAAUUAGUUGUAAUAAAUAUGUUGAAAUUUAAUUUCGAGAGAGUUCAUUUGUAUAAUUGAAAAUUAUAUGCGAUAUAAUACAUAUAUAUACAUAUACAUAUGUGUAUAUACAUAUGUAUAUAUACAUAUAUAUAUACGUAUCUAUAUAUAUAUAUGUAUAUAUGUAUGUAUGUAUGUAUGUAUAUUAGUUUGGACGUUUUUUACCACAUUUGCUUUAUUUAGGCAUAAAUGUCUUCAAAUUUUGCUAUAGCUUUUACAUUUUAUGGAAAAUAUCAGUUUUAAAAGGCCUUAAAAAAAAAAAAGAAUAAUAAUUGUUAAUAUUAUAGAAAAGGACAAGGCCUUAGAGACUAAGUAUUUCUGAAUUUCUAUAUUCCAAACAUGACAUAAUUGUUUUAUAUGUUUAGAAGUCUAAAGAAACACGUUUGUCUUUAUGGCAUGAUGUUUUAUACAAAAGUUCUAAGUCCUUGUUAUAUAUCGGUUGUUUUUUUCACAAUAAUAUAUAGAUAUAUCAUACCUAAAUAAAAGGUGCUUACAUAUUUUAAUUUCUACAGCAAAUCAAUGAACACAAGUUUAGUUGUAUUUCAAUUAGAAAAAUUGACAAAAAUUUGUAGAAAAAAAAAAAAAAAAACGUUAUUAAAUUUUGGGAUAAUUAAAUCCUAAAAUUUAAUGUUCAUAUAAGUACAAAGCUGAGAAUAAGCAGGGGAAAUUUUCUGAUGAAACAUUUAAUAAUGAAUUACAGUAAUUAAGAUUGAGACUUGUAGGCUAUUCUAUGAAGAAAAUUGUUGUACACUUUUUGUUUAGCGUUUAUAGGGCUUUUUGGAGAUGAAGUAUCGUUUAAUGUAAACUAUUUUAUUUUUGCUGUAACUGUUUAAUACGUUUUCAAUAGAAUUGUAUAACUAAGUUGUACAAUUCUACGUGUUUAGAAACCUAUACAAAAGUGGAUACUUAGUGGAUCAAAUAAAUAUGUAAUUUAAUAGCUCCUAACACAAAUAAUUUUAUUUAGAAAUGUAAAUUAUGUAUUGAAUAUUAUCAAUAUAUCUAUCUAGUGUACACAUCAAUGUAAUUAAAUAAGUGUACAAAGCUUCAUAUAAAUUUGGCACAUUGGUAAUUGUGUAUAUAUAACUGUAUUACUAGUUAUUAUAUUUAAACGUAUAUCAAAUCAUUCUGUUUUUAAAAUUUCAUUUCUCUCUCUAAUAAAUUAACUAAUAUUCAUUAUGAAUUUUAAUUUAACAUUUUUAAUUUUGAUUAGAGUAAAAGAAUUUUGUUUAAAGACACAACGAAAAAUUAAUUAUUCACAUAUGUAACAAUAUUAAUAUGUGCUUAUCAAAACAUGGAACACCUCAAGCCAUAGAUGCGAAUAAGCGAGCUAAGUAAUGUACUAAUUAUAUACUGCGUACCAGUGAAUAUUUUCGUAAACUUAAAUACUUUUACGUUUCUUUUCCAGUUAAACAUAAUUUCUCAAUUAUUGCAAUGCGUGGGUAGAUUGUUAAUGAAAGUUACAGACACAUGUUUUACCAAAUGUGAUUAAACAGAAAUACUACAACUCCAAUCUUCUUCAUAUUAUUAUUAUCAUGGUCUUUUAUUUAGUAUUUUGGAAAAUUCUAACUUAGAGUCAAAAAAAGAAAAAGAAAAUUGUCAAAAAAAAAAGUAAUGAACAAUUGUAAGAAUUCAUACGCAUAUAGAAACUUAUAAUAUACUUCACGAAGAAUUUUUUACCAUCAGAUUUUAAGAAAAUAUCAAAGUUUGGAGAUCUGUGAUUAGCAAAUAAGGCAUAAAAAUUGAGUUUAAAUAUUUGUGUACUAUCUAUGAAAGUACUUUGUCGAAUUCCUGAGUGCAUAUGGAUCUCUCAUCUUUACAAAAAUGUUCCCUGUUUACAUUAUGUUUGGCUGCAAUUUAAGAGUCUAAACAAACAUAUUUUUGGCAUUUGGUAUUCCUUUAUACUUUAGCCAAUAUUUUGUAAUAAAACUAGUACUAUAAGCUGCAAAUAUCACAGGUGGUGUACAUAUAUACAAAUGCGUGUACAUCUAUACAUAUAUACAUAUAUAUAUAAGUGUACAGUUUAUGUUCUCCACCUGAGUAUAUAUGAAGGAAAAUAAAAAAAAAAAAACAUGUACAUACUUUUGUAAGAUAAAUUUAAG